UUUUUCAUCUUCACAAUUCACACAUAAAAACAAACAAAGCUCUUUACCUUCUCUCUCUCUCUCUCUCUCUCUCUCUCUGCUGGUUUUUAUUCUGAAUCCGAAACAAUCCCUCUUCCCUUGAAUUAUUUUCAUGGCUUAUCAUCCACCACCAUUCUACUUGUUUCUAUCAUCCUCAUUCACUCCCAAUUCCGUUCCGUUCAAUUCCUUCCACAUCAUACUUUUCCGUCAUAUUUCCAUUCAAUCUUGUAACACCUUCUGACGCUUAGCAGUUACUACCAAACUCAGCAGCGUAGGAGCCGCUACCGUUAUGGGAAAACGUAAUUCUCAACGUAAAAAUACUGCAAUGUUGGAUAACGACGAUGAUAGUAGUAGUAGUGUGAGUUCGUCAUCAACUUCCCGAACUGAUCACGUCUCCGUCUCCGUCUCAGGGAACGAAGAAGUGCACUUCGAUCAAGAUGCUCUGCUCGAUCAAGCUCUCGAUGCUUUGGAUGAAAAAAGGGAUUCCACGAGGGAGAGAGCGUUGUCAGUGAUCAUUGGGGCAUUCAGUAGCAAAAUGCAGCAUCAGUUUGUCGACAAGAAAUUUGCUACUUUAUUACAUCAGUGCCUUGCUUUAAUAAAAAAGGGAUCCAAAAAGGCAUCUGCAAAGGAGAUAGCUUUGACAUCACAUGCCAUUGGUUUGUUGUCCCUGACUGUCGGGUGUAGUGAUAAUGCACGUGAAAUAUUUGAGGAAUCAGUUCGUCCUCUUGAUGAAUUCCUCACAUCUAAAUCAGAUUUGACAAAAAUUCCUUCAUUGCUGGAAUGCUUGGCUAUAAUCACUUUUGUUGGUGGGAAUGGUCUAGAGGAAACAGAGAGAUCGAUGGACAUACUGUGGCGAGUGAUUCAUCCCAGAUUGGGUUCCAAUGUAGUUGCAGUCAAACCUUCUGCUCCAUUAAUAACUGCUGUGGUAUCUGCUUGGUCCUUUCUCGUAUCUACCAUGAGCGAUUUGAAGCUAAAUUCUAAAAAUUGGCAAAAUUCAAUAUCUUAUUUAUCAAGUCUUCUAGACAAGGAAGACCGGCCUGUGCGUAUUGCUGCUGGCGAAGCACUGGUUGUAAUUUUUGAGAUUGGAAUCACAGAGAAAUUUUCUGCUGAUUCUAAGGGUGCAAGUGAUAUGACUCAAGAAGAGAUUAAUCGGCAGGAAAGUUAUACCCAUUUACAAGGAUUGAAAGCGAAGGUCAUCAAUCAAGUCAAAAACCUUUCUGUGGAGGCUGGUGGAAAAGGUUCUGCUAAGAAAGAUCUGAAUAAUCAGAGGAACUUGUUCCGAGAUAUCGUAGACUUUUUUGAGUAUGGUUACUCUCCUGAAAUUUCAAUGAAAAUUGGUGGUGAUUCACUGCAGACAUCUUCAUGGUCCCAAAUGAUACAGUUGAACUUUCUCAAGCACUUUUUAGGGGGAGGGUUCGUCAAGCAUAUGCAGGAAAAUGAGUUCCUUCAAGAAGUAUUUAAUUUCACACCCAAGAGAAGAUAUCUUAAUAACAAUGAACAUCGGAUGUCUAGUGGUGAGAAGAGAAUGUUUAAGUCUCCAAAUUCAGUUCAGAACAAGGCUAGGACCCAAUUACUUAAUAAGCAACGGUUGUUAUCUGAGGGCAGAAACUUGGGUCACUACGCAGCCAAUAUGGUUGAUGACUGAUGCGUUUUGAGAGGGACAUCUAAUAAUUAGCAGGCGGUAACAGCGAUUGAGAUUAUACAUUGUAAUGCAAUAAAAGAAGUCUAUUAUAAAGCUAAUUUCAGUGCAAUCAGUGAGUGAUAUAUUGCCGUGCCAUGACUCAAAAGCCUCGUCUGUGUAUAAUCUGCUGAGGUUACAUAGCGUGAGUUUUCCUUUAUUCUAGUUUCAAAUUGAAGAUAUCAGCGUUUGCUUCCAACACUGCUUCGUCAAGGCGGUUUCUCUUUUUUUUUUUUUUUUUUAUUAGUUGUAUAAAAAGUUGAGUAAUUUUUUACAAGUAAAUUUCUCUUCUGUUUAUUCAUAAAUGGAUCUUCUCCAGUGAGAUUUUUACUUGGAUUCUUUCCAUGAAAAUUUCUA